AUGGGGCGGCGGUGGGGCCCAGCCUUGGCGGUGGGCGAGCAGGCGGGCUGCGUGGUGAUCGCCCGCGGCGCGGAGCGGCCCGGGGCCAAGGGCCCGUGGAGCUGCAGCGGGGUGCUGCUGAGCCGGCGCGCGGGACUCGUGCUGUGCCACGGGGGCAUCGUGGCGCCCUUCCUGCGCGCCGGCGCCUCGGCUCUGCAGCCGGGGGCCGGGCCGCCCUUCCUGGGAGCCGACGGCUGCCGCGACGACCUGCGGCUGCACGUGCAGUGGGGGCCGGGCCGCGGGCCGAGGGCACCGGCUGGGCUGCGGGGCACGCUGUGCACGCCGCCCUGUAGCGCCCAGCCGGCGCCCCGCGGCCCGGCCCGCGCCCGCCUGCUGCUGCUGGUCUCCUGCCCGGCCUUCCGCGCCAGCUUCGAGCGCCUCUUCGGCGGCGAGGCGGCCGAGCAGUGGCGCUUCGCGAGCGGCGGCCCCGAGCCGCCCGCGCCCCCGCAGGAGCCCGAGGCCGAAGCGGGCGCGUGGGCGGACGAGGGGCCGCUGCUGGCGGCGCUCGGCUGGUUCGCGCUGCUGAGCGUGGAGGGUCGCGCCGAGGCGGCUGGGGGCCCGCGGCUGUCGGUGGCCGCGGCCGCCUCCCUGCCCAAGGGCGCCCCGCUGCUCGCCUGCGGCUCCCCGUUCGGCGCCUUCUGCCCGGACAUCUUCCUCAACAGCCUGAGCCGCGGCGUGCUCAGCAACGCGGCCGGCCCGCUGCUCCUCACCGACGCGCGCUGCCUGCCCGGCACCGAGGGCGCCGGCGUCUUCUCGGCCGACGGCGAGCUCGUGGCGCUCGUGGCGGCGCCGCUCUGCUGGCGGGCCCGCGAGUGGGUGGGCCUGAGCCUGCUGUGCGCCGCCGACGCGCUCCUCCGCGCCGCAGCCCACGCGCUGGGCCGCCUGGGCCGCCCCGCCGACGCGCGCCUGCUGGCCGCGCUCCUGCCCCCCGAGGACGGGGAGGCCGCCAUCCCCAUCCCCCUCCCGGAACACGGGGCUGCGUGGGUCGCGGCCGUCCUGGUCGAGUGUGGGUCCGUGUGGGGCUCCGGAGUGGCGCUGGCCCCGCGCCUCGUGCUCACCUGCCGUCAUGUGGCCCCCCGCGAAGCCAAGAGGGUCCUGGUGCGCCCUGCCACCCCCAAGAGUUCUCCAGUCUGGGGGAAAGUGGUGUUUGCUACCCAGGACACAUCUCCAUAUGAUGUGGCGGUGGUGAAGCUGGAGGAAAACCUCAGCGGUGUCCCAUUUCCUGUCCUGGCCAGCCACUUCCAUGAAGGCGAGGAUGUGCAAGUGGUUGGUUUUGGGGCCUUUGGCCAGGCCUGCGGGCCCUCGGUGACCUCGGGGAUCCUGUCUGCUGUGGUGGAGGUGAAUAAUGCACCCGCGAUGCUGCAGACGACGUGUGCCGUGCAUGGGGGGUCCAGCGGGGGGCCUCUCUUCUCUGGCUCUGGGGAACUGCUUGGGAUUGUCACCAGCAACACUAGGGACAAUAGCACAGGGGCCACGUAUCCUCACCUGAACUUCAGCGUCCCCAUCACUGUGCUGGAGCCAGCCCUGGAUCAGUACAGGCGGACUGGGGACCUGCGCCGCCUCAGGGAGCUGGACCGACCUGGCGAGCAGGUCAGGGUGGUGUGGCGGCUGCAGAGGGUUCCGGCCGUGCCCCUCCGGAGCAAGCUCUGACCCCUCCAGAGGGCACUGCCUGUCAGGACGUUAAUGAUGGUGGCUCAGUGAUGCCAGGGCGGAAGCCUGGUGGAAUGAAUGGACACUGUCUCCCAGGCACAGAUUAUCUUGGAAGUUAUCAGCCACCUGUCUUCUCCUGCCUCUCAGGUGCUGGGUGCUCCCUGCAGUUCGGUUUGCCUCCGGGCACGUCUUUUUGACCCCUUUACAACAUUCCUGACAAGUGGUCAUCCAGCCUGAACCUGAAUGGUGAAUUCCCAGGGGGCACGAAGGUGUCCCUUUGUAGUAGCAGUAGUGGGGCAGCUCAGUCAGGAGGAAAAUAAUAAAAAUGGCCCCUGUUUGUAAAGUGCUUUCUUCACAACCACAUGGUGAGGUCGGGUGUAUACCCAUUUUACAGGCAAGGGAACUGAGGCCCAGGCAACUUAAGUACAGUACAGUAAUCUGGGAGGUAGGGGGGUGCAGAUCUCUCCAUUCUACAGUUGUGGAAACAAGCCCAGAGAGAUAGUGAGUUACUUGCCUGGUGUCACACAGACACAGGUAGUAGGUAGCACAGCUGAGACUCAAACCCAGGUCUUUGACCCCGAAAUUCAGUGCUCUAACCAGCCUCCUCUAUCCAGCCUUCUCUUAUGAACUGAAUGACCUUAGAGACAAGUGGGCAGGUGGGUGUGGAUUAUCGGUACUUCCAGCCCUGGCCAGCUGGGAGCUGCAGGGCCGGCUUCAGCACAGGCAGGUGGUCCCAAAAUUGGAAGGACCUGUUCUCAGUCCCUGCACUAGCAUCUCUGGGGAGUGGUCUUCCAGCCUCCCUCUACCUCCUCCACCCAGUGCUCCUGGUUCUGUCUGGGGCCCAGUAGAACAAGCUGCUCCUUCCUUGGGACGGCCCUUCUGAGACUGGGAGGCACUCAGGGUCCUCCCUGAGGCUUUUCUUUGCCAGACUCUGCUAGUACUUUCCUGUUGUAAUAGCAGAGAUUUAAAAAAAUUCCUUCCUUUAAAACAAUCCCCAUUAUCAGGGAGUGCAGAAAUUACCCCCGUUUGACAGGUGAGAAAAGCAAAGCUCGGAGAUGAGGAGUAUACCCGAAGACCUACCAGUCAUGGGGUCCUAGACAGCUGGAAGGAGCCACCGUGGAGGUGGUCUGCUCUCACCCUACUAUGCCUUUUAGAGGUGGGGGUGCCAGUGACUCCCCAGAUCCCACAGGCAGGGAGCUGCAGCCCGCAUCGUCUUUCCAUCCUACACGUGUCUCAGAUCCAUCCAUCGAUGGAGGGGUUGAGUACAUAGCACGUGCCUCGGAGCCUGCUAAGUGUUGGGACGAGUACAAGGAAGCCAAGCCGGUUCUCGUCCUCUGGGAGCUCACAUCAUCUCCCUGUUGCUCGUUGUUCCCCAGUCUGGAUAAAGGGUGAUGCUGUGCUUUUGGUGGGACAGCCUCUACCCUGCGUGCCUUGUGCAGACCUGGCCAAUGGACGGAGCUGGGCUGAGCAGAAGGGCAGCCAGGUGACGCUUAGGGCGGCGUGCAGCAUGCUGAAUGAUCCUGAGCCACUCUCGGACUCAGAAGUGCAGUUUUAAAACACAUCCUUCAUUAACGUACAUUUCCAUCCCAGAGAUUUAUUUCCCCACCACCGCCCUGCACCACCAGUGGCCAAUGGGAAAAAUCAAGCCCUUGAGUGACCAGUCUGCAGAGUCCCACGCGCUGUGGAUCCGCGGAGCUCCGGCAUCCUUGUACUUUCUCACCCUGUGGCUCUUGUACGAAUCACUCCCCUGCUUCCACUCCCUUCAUGAUGCAUCAGUCAUCCAGACUAACCCCUUUGGCCACUUCUUAAUGGAGCAGUACCAUUCCAUCUCAUCCAGAGACCAUUCCCCAGUUGAUGGGCUUCUUAGUUUCCAGUUCUUUGCCACCACAAAGAUGCUGUAAAGAUUUUUUGUACCUAGGGGUCUUUUUCCUCUUUAAAGUCUAGGGUGUUGACUUGGUAAUAAUAGCUCGAGUUUAUGUAACACUUUAAA